ACUGAGUGACUGCAGCGCAGUGUGAUGUUGGGAACUGCACGACUGAAGACGCGCUGAGCUGCAGCUGCAGGAGGGAGCAGGAGCAGGAGUGCAGGGACAGGGAGGAGGUGGUGUCGGAGAGUUGAUGCACACACACACACACACACACAAACACACACACCUCUGGACACUGGGCCGUGGUGUCUCUGCAGCGCCGCAGCUCUGCACAGGGACACCGUAUGUGUGUGUGUGUGUGGAUAGAUACGUGACUCUGAGCCCAAAGCUGUUCUGGCUCUGGAUCGGGGGGUGGGGGGGAAGUGGUUUCUGGUGCUGGUUCUGGUUCUGGUGCUGGUGCUGGUGGAGCCUCUAGCGCGGCACCCCGCCCGUCUCGCCUCAUCUGGACUGCGGGGAUAAGGAGCUGGACCGUGAUCACCCCCCGCGCAGGAGCCUCGCAGGAGCAGGUGUCGGUGGCGCUGUCAUCGCCGUCUUCCUCCAUCUCCCUCUCUCCACCUCUGCGUCAAAGGUUCCAGUUUCCAGUUGGAUAACAUGGAAUAAAAGUGGCAAAGGUUGACACUUUAUUGGACGUCUUCAACCUUGACUGUGAUGCUGUGAUGCAAGGACACCUGGAGCCUCCACACUCCAUUUAUGAGGCUCUUACUUUUUGAAAAAAAACAAUAACAACAACAACAAGGAUUUAAGUAGAAUUCAGCAGAACCAGACCCCCUGACUCAUCUCUGCAUCCUCUUUGACUCUUUUCACUUCUCGUAGCCGUCUCUUCUUCACCACACUUGCAACAUGCGUCCCUCCCUGGCCACAGCAGUCCUUCCCCCCAGGACACGUUCACACAAUCCUCCCAAUCUGCCUGUGGUCGGCCGCGAGCACCUGUCCGCGCCGCGGAGGCGGAGCCCCCACCUGCGGCACACCCUCAGCCCGGAGAACCUGCGGACCCUGGCGGAGAGGGGCGGGGCCGCAGUCGACACCGUCUCCGUGUCCAGCAGUCCGAUAGGACUUCCACGGGCCAACAGCGACACAGACUUGGUGACGUCCCAGAGCCGCUCGUCGCUAACGGCGUCCACUCUGGAGUACACACUGAACCGUGGCCAGAACCUCAUCAUAUCCUGGGACAUUAAAGAGGAAGUGGAUGCUACAGACUGGAUCGGACUCUACCACAUAGAUGAAACCAGUCCCUCGAAUGUGUGGGACUGUAAGAACAGAGGGGUGAAUGGGACCCAGAAAGGGCAGAUAGUUUGGCGGCUCGAGGCCGGGCCCUACUUUAUGGAGCCUGAGACCAAGAUCUGUUUCAAAUACUAUCACGGAGUGAGUGGAGCACUGAGAGCCACGACGCCCUGCAUCGCCGUGAAGAAUCCAGCAGUCCUGGUGGAAGGGCUGACAGAGCAGGUGGGUGUCGAACAUCCUCGGAAACUCAUCAGUUUCACUCUGACAGAUUUGCGAGCCACAGGCCUGAAAAAGGGCAUGUUUUUUAAUCCAGACCCGUAUCUGAAGAUGUCCAUCCACCCGGGGAAGAGGAGCGUCUUCCCCAUCUUCAGUCAUCACGGACAGGAACGACGAUCGGCCAUCAUUGCUAAUACCAUUAACCCUGUCUGGCACGGAGAGAAAUACACGUUCGUAGCACUGAUGACAGACAUCCUGUAUAUCGAGGUAAAGGACAAGUUUGCCAAAAGUCGACCGAUCAUCAAACGCUUCCUCGGACAGCUCACCAUCCCUGUGCAGAGACUUAUUGAGAAGAUACCUGGUGUCCAGCCCGUGACUUUCUCUCUGUGUCGGCGGCUGCCUACUGAACAUGUCAGUGGUCAGCUGCAGUUCAAGGUGGAGCUCACCUCCACUGGACCUGACGGUGCUUCUCCUGAUUCAAUCAUUGGCAUUUCGUCGCUAAACGGAGCACCAGGGACGCCAUCAGACGACGAGGACCUGCCGCAUCACCUUCCAGGGCUGGUAUCAUCUCCGGGCCCCUCCCCUACGGGCUCCCAGGGCUCCCAGGGCACGAGUGAAGGCGGUGCCACGGCCUGCCCAGAAAAGGACCUGCCUUUUGUCAGAGCUCCAUCUAGAUUUGUGGAGCCCGUAAGCUUUUCGGGGCAUGAAAUGCUCCAAAGGUCAUUCACUGAGGGUCUGGAUGCUAUCGAGGCCCCCAAGGGCCCUGGCGAAAGACCCCUGGGUGCUGCUUCGCCCAGACUGCGCUCCAGUUUCCCCACACACACGAGGCUCAGUGCCAUGUUGCACAUAGAUUCAGACGAGGAUGAGGAUCGGUCGGGGGCCACUGACAUCUUUCCAGUGCCGCUGUCGCCGCUGCUGAUAAACGGCGUGCCGCGGGACGUCGACGGCCCCUACGAAGACGACCUGUUCCCCGAGCUUCACCUGCAGCUGCAGCAGCUCAGGCCCUCCGUGGUCGACGAGGAGCCCGAGGACGUGACGGAAGACCUGGCCCUCGGGAUCGAGAUGGUGCCAGGUCUGGAUUUGGACGACAUGUUAGAGCCCGAUGUUUUUUCUGAGGUGGACGAGACUCCGUUCACAGAGGCGAAUGCUUUGCUCGAGGGUGUGGAGGCGUCUGAGGAAGGAAGGACGCCUGGUGAGGAACUGUCGUCGGAGAUCGAUACCGGCUCCAUGGCAACGGCUCCGCAGACGGUCUUUUCAUCAUCAGAGAGCUGCCAGGUGACACUGGCAACUGCUGUGGAUGCGGAGGAGGGAGCGGAGACGGCCAUAGAUCCAGGGGGACAUCCAGUGUCCAGCCUCCCAACAACAACCACCCAGGACGAUGAAGGAGGAGGAGGAGGAGGAGGAGGACAAGUCGCUGCUGUCACUGAAGCGGAGGGAGAAGCUCCGACGACCAGCGAGCAGGUGGAAGUGGUAGUCGAGGAGGUCAGUGUGAGGAGGCUCAGCCUGCAGGCUGCGGGAGGCGUGGCAGGAGAACAGGAAGGGGCGGAGACAAAGCCGGCAGAGGAGGCGGCGGCGGCGUCGUCUGUGGAUUCAGAGCAAGCUACCACAGAAACAGAUGGAGAGGAAGGUGCUCAUGUCAAUGGCCAUCCUGUGCGUUCCCUCCCCUCUGUACGUCAAGAUAUCCACCGAUACCAACGUGUGGACGAGCCUCUGCCCCCCAACUGGGAGGCUCGUAUCGACAGCCACGGCAGGAUCUUCUUCGUGGACCACGUGAACAGGACCACGACAUGGCAGCGUCCCACUGGACCUCCUGCCCCACAGGGUCUGACCCGCUCCAACUCCAUUCAGCAGAUGGAGCAACUCAACCGCAGAUAUCAGAGCAUCAGGAGGACCAUCACCAACAGCGAUCGGGCGGAGGAAGCCUCGGUCGAUCUGCUCCCUGAAACAGACAGUGAACUGAUACCCCACUCCAUUUCUGAAUAUCGGCGAGAGAGUGCAGUCGCUCACACCAGCGGUCGCUCGCGUCUCUCUCUGCUGCUCCAGUCACCCAGCGCCAAGUUCCUGUGCAGCCCCGACUUCUUCACCGUGCUGCAUUCAAACCCUAGUGCCUACCGCAUGUUUACGAGCAACACCUGCCUGAAGCACAUGAUCAGUAAGGUGCGCCGGGACGCUCAUUACUUUGAGCGCUACCAGCACAACCGCGACCUUGUCACCUUCCUCAACAUGUUCUCCAACAAGCAGCUGGAGCUUCCUCGAGGUUGGGAGAUGAAGCACGACCACACUGGGAAGCCCUUCUUCGUGGACCACAACUGUCGCUCCACGACCUUCAUCGAUCCACGGCUGCCGCUCCAGAGUUCGCGCUCGACCGGGCUGCUGGCCCACCGCCAGCACCUGAGCCGACAGCGCAGCCACAGUGCUGGGGAGGUAGUGGAUGACACUCGCCAAACCAACCCACCCGUCAUGCCCCGCCCCUCCAGCACCUUCAGCGGCUCCAGUCGGAGUCAGUACCACGAUGUCGUUCCUGUGGCCUACAAUGACAAGAUAGUGGCGUUUCUACGGCAACCCAACAUCUUUGAGAUCCUGCAGGAGAGGCAGCCCGAGCUCGCCAGGAACCAUUCGCUCAAGGAGAAGGUGCAGUUUAUUCGCACUGAGGGAGUGAACGGGCUGGCUCGUCUCUCCAGCGACGCUGACCUUGUCAUGCUGCUGAGCUUAUUCGAGGAGGAGGUGAUGUCAUACGUGCCACCGUUACUGCACCCGGGUUACUGCCUCUCCUCGCCUCAGAGCUCCCCUGGCACUCAGAGAGCCAAUGCCCGAGCUCCCGCUCCCUACAAGCGAGACUUUGAGGCAAAACUGAGGAACUUCUAUCGAAAGCUGGAGACGAAGGGAUACGGCCAAGGACCGGGGAAAGUCAAGUUGAUCAUACGCAGGGACCACCUUCUGGAGGACGCCUUUAACCAGAUCAUGUGUUACUCCCGUAAAGACCUGCAGAGGAGUAAACUCUACGUCAGCUUUGUGGGCGAGGAUGGACUGGACUACAGUGGACCCUCCAGAGAGUUCUUCUUCCUGGUGUCCAGAGAACUCUUCAACCCGUAUUAUGGCCUGUUUGAAUAUUCAGCCAACGACACGUACACAGUCCAGAUCAGCCCCAUGUCUGCCUUUGUGGACAACCACCACGAGUGGUUUCGCUUCAGUGGGCGGAUCCUGGGCCUCGCUCUCGUCCAUCAGUAUCUGCUGGACGCCUUCUUCACUCGACCUUUCUACAAGGGGCUUCUUCGCAUUCCGUGUGACCUGAGUGACCUGGAGUUCCUGGACGAGGAGUUCCACCAGAGCCUUCAGUGGAUGAAGGACAACGACAUUGAAGACAUGCUGGACCUCACCUUCACUGUCAACGAGGAGGUUUUUGGACAGAUCACAGAGCGAGAGCUGAAGCCGGGCGGGGCUGGUAUCCCCGUGUCCGAGAAGAACAAGAAGGAGUAUAUUGAGCGAAUGGUCAAGUGGCGUAUAGAGAGAGGCGUGGCCCAGCAGACAGAGAGCCUGGUCCGAGGCUUCUAUGAGGUGGUGGAUGUGCGGCUGGUGUCGGUGUUCGAUGCCAGGGAGCUGGAGCUGGUGAUUGCAGGCACUGCAGAGAUCGACCUGGCAGACUGGAGGAACAACACAGAAUACAGAGGAGGUUACCAUGACAACCACAUAGUGAUUCGCUGGUUCUGGGCAGCUGUGGAGAGAUUCAACAAUGAGCAGAGGCUGAGGCUGCUGCAGUUUGUGACAGGGACCUCCAGUAUUCCCUACGAGGGCUUUGCCUCUCUGCGGGGGAGUAAUGGACCUCGCAGAUUCUGUGUGGAGAAAUGGGGAAAAAUCACCUCCUUACCCAGGGCUCACACUUGCUUUAAUCGCCUGGACCUCCCACCGUACCCGUCCUUCUCCAUGCUCUACGAGAAGCUGGUCACCGCUGUCGAGGAGACGAGCACCUUUGGUUUGGAAUAAUCCCAGGUUUUUACUCCAGACAGAGAAGCACCUGGAAAAACAAAACUAAUACCCUCAAAUGGCAACUACCCCCCACCCGUGGAAAACACUUUUUUUUUUUUUAAACCGUUUUUCUUUCUCUUUUUUUGGUCACCCAGCACACUGGAUUCAUUUCCAAUUCUCCGCCUCUCUCUCUGACAUUCCUGAUCAAGAGAACACCUUCUGGAUGACGGGCGGAGAAUUGAAAAGCAGUUCUAAGUUUCCCUGUUCUCAUGGUAACCUUUGUUCAUUGAGCCACACGUGUGCUUUAUCUCUGCAGUUAACGUCCGUCCUUGGUUUCUAGAGAUUUCCGGCGUCUCGCCUCCUCUUAUUACUUCCAACUUGCACCUCAGAGACAGCUGCUCCCGUCUCCCUCCCUGGACCUCCAAACUGUGUCCUUCCUGCACUGAGGCUGCAGUCUUAUAAACUAUAACACACACACACACACACACACACACACACACAUAGACACACUACACUCACACCACAGACUGACUAAGACAUGAACUCGACACAGCAUCCGAAGAAUUGGGUGUGGGCAUUUUAGAAGUCAGCCGUUUCAAAAUACGAUGAAUGAGACGCGUUUACAGCAGCGGUAGAAUCUCCAGUUGACGGCACCGAGCACGUGGGUCACACGCACAUAACACAAGAGGCAGAACACUCAGAACUUCUCCUUCCAUGUUCUCACACGCUCUCACUCUCGAUCUGGCAGGAGAAGUUCCAGAGAAUGUCCAGACUUUUGCAGACAUUUGGGUUCUCGCGUACAGUACAACGUCCUCUGGACAAUCUCCAGAGGACAUGUCUCGCAUAUCAGUGUGUGUCUGAAAGCAGAUGAUUGAUCCAGUGCAAUGAUGGCGGCAGCAGAUUCUGGUCAGGACUGUUUCCUCUUAAAUAGAGCUCUUUUAUGAGCUGGAAAGGUAAAUAAAGGGCAGAACAGAAGGAGAAGAUCUGCACACCUUAGAGUUCCUGUUGAAGGAAAGUUUGUUGCCAGUGAUGUUUCCUCAGUUUCAAUACCCACUAUUCAUAUCUAUCUAUCCUGUCACCAUAAAUCAGGGUUGCUUUUACUGUAAUGUUGAAUUUAUUUGGUCUUUCUGCUUCUCCUCAGCAGAUGAUCUUUUCACGAUUGUUGAUUUGUCAUUGAUUUUUACUCCAGAUUGCUGGUAUUUAUUUAAAUUGUUGCCCCUUUUUUUAACAAUAGGAGACAGCAGAUUAUUUUGUACUAAAUUGGUGCUAAAAAGUCACUAAAAAACCAAAAUUGACUGAUUUUAUGUAAGUAAUGUUCAACUUAUACAGAAUUCUUAUCUGAAAUAUAUGAAUAAGUGCACACCUGUGCAGAUGCAGAUUGAAGACAUGUGUCAAUAAAUGUUUAUUUAAAUUUAGCACUUUUAAACAAAAAUAUAUCUAUAUUAUUAUUAUUAUAAUAACUUAUAUUUGAUAAGAAAUCACCACCAUAUAUUGACAAUCGGCUGCCCUGAAUUUUAGAGAAAUAAUAAUAAUAAUAAUAAUUACGUACAUUAUUAUUAUUUCUAUGAUGCGUCCUUCAUUUUAAAAUGAGCUCUGUCAAGCAAUACUAUCAGAAGUGACUGAUGGAGUCUUUUGAGCAGUAGAAUUCACUUCUGAAACGUUUUAAUGGCCACUUAAU